GGAAAAAAUAAAAUUUGUUUUAUAAUAAGUGGGAAAUUUUCUUAUUUUCUAUCGUUGUCUGUCUUAUCUGAAUUUUCUUCUUCUCACAGCCACAGCCACAGCCACAGCCUCUUCUUUUCUCUGUUUCUUCCCCUCCUUGUGUUUACAGGAAUUUAUAAUAAUAAUAAAAACCCUUCGAUUCCAAUUUUUUUUUAAAGCUUAAAUUAAAUUAAAUUAAAUCAAAUCAAAUAAGCCUGACACCACCGUUCUCAGAGAUGCACCAGCCAAUUCGAAUCCCAUGUGAAUUUUGUUGCUUAGAAUCGAAUUCUAGCUGAGCGUUUUCUUCUUCUUCUUUGGAAUUAUCAGGGAGAUUGAAUUUGGGUAUAGUUCACAGCUCUAUUUAUUUUUCAUUUUAGGAAGGAUGAAAGGUAUUCGAGACUGGGUUUUCACUCAAGUACUAUCCAAUUCAUUGGCAUCCUCUAGACCACUGUCCGGUAGCGGCGGCGGUUUCUUUCCGGAGGCUCCUUCGUCUCAAGAGUUUGAAUCAGAAGAUCAAGGUUCAUCUCACACCACCAGUUCGGUAGCAUUGUCAUUGCCUCCUGAUAUAUCCUCCCCUUCUGGUAGCAUUCAUGAUAAUGACUCUUUUACUUCACAGCGGCAAAUCCUAGUUGAAGGUUCUAAUAUAUCGCAUAGUAGUCCUAAUAGAAAAAAGAUGGAUCCAUUGGCUAAGAUUGAGGAUCUCCAGAUUACAUUCUUGCGUCUUCUCAUACGUUUGGGGCAAUCUCAAGACAAUCUUCUGGUGGCUAAAGUUUUAUAUAGGAUGCACCUAGCAACUUUGAUACGAGCAGGGGAAUCGGAUUUGAAGAGAGUGAACUUAAGAAACGAGAGAGCCAAAACAAUAGCAAGGGAACAGGAGGCAUCUGGGCUCCAAGGAUUAGAUUUCUCUAUUAAAAUACUUGUCCUUGGCAAAACAGGAGUUGGCAAGAGUGCAACCAUAAAUUCUAUGUUUGAUCAACCUAAAACCGAGACAAAUGCAUUUCAUCCUGCCACCGAUUGCAUUCAAGAGAUCACAGGAACUGUUCAUGGGGUUAAAGUAACAUUCAUUGAUACCCCUGGUUUUCUACCUUCAUCAUCUAGUACCAUGAGAAGGAAUAGGAAGAUUAUGCUAUCUGUGAAGAGAUUCAUUAGAAGAUCCCCUCCAGACGUUGUUUUAUAUUUUGAGCGGCUUGACCUCUUGAACAUGGGUUAUAGUGAUUUCCCACUUUUGAAGCUUAUGACUGAAGUUUUUGGUAAUGCAAUUUGGUUUAACACUAUCCUUGUCAUGACACAUUCUUCUUCAGCACUUCCUGAAGGACCUAAUGGUUACCCUGUCAGUUAUGAAUCUUAUGUGAACCAUUGCACUGAUUUAGUGCAGCAAUAUAUUCACCAGGCAGUGUCUGACUCGAGGCUUGAAAACCCGGUACUUUUAGUGGAGAAUGACCCUCGGUGCAAAAGAAAUUUCUUGGGGGAAAAUAUACUUCCAAAUGGGCAGGUUUGGAAAUCUCAGUUCUUGUUAUUAUGCACAUGUACCAAGGUUCUUGGUGAUGCCAACAAGCUCUUUGAGUUUCAAGACAGCAUUGAAUUAGGACAAGUAAGUAACAAUCAGUUGCCUUCUCUGCCUCAUCUUCUCUCAUCUUUUUUACGUCAUCGGUCAGUAUCAAAUUCAGGUGAGCCAGAAAUUGGAAUUGAUGAGAUUCUGCUCUCAGAGGAAGCAGAAGAGGAGUAUGAUCAAUUGCCUUCAAUUCAAAUCCUGACAAAGUCUCAAUUUAAAAAAUUGACUAAAUCACAGAAAAAAGCCUAUCUUGAUGAGCUGGAAUACAGGGAGACUCUUUAUUUGAAGAAACAGUUGAAGGAAGAGUGCCUCAGACGGAAUGAGAGCAAGCUCUCCAGAGAGAAAAGCUUUGAAGGUAAUGAUGGUGAUGAUGCUGAUAACAAUGUGGCUCCAGAGGCUAUCCCAUUACCGGAUAUGGCAGUCCCUCCAAGUUUUGACUCAGAUUGCCCAGUACACAGAUACCGCUGCCUGGUCACAAAUGACUUGUUGCUUACGAGACCUGUUCUUGAUCCACAUGGAUGGGAUCAUGAUGUUGGAUUUGAUGGAAUAAACUUGGAGACAGCUUUGGAAGUGAAAAACAAUGUUUUUGCUUCAAUUGCAGGGCAGAUGAGUAAGGACAAGCGUGAUUUCAGUAUUCAAUCUGAAUGUGCGGUAGCAUAUGUAGAUCCUGUGGGGCCUACUUAUUCUUUAGGACUUGAUCUUCAGUCUACUGGUAAAGAUCUUAUGUAUAAUGUCCACAGCAAUGCAAAGCUGAGGAGCCUCAAGCACAAUUUUACUGAUUGUGGAAUCUCUCUGACAUCAUUCCGAAACAAGUAUUAUGUUGGUGCUAAGCUUGAGGAUACGAUAUUGGUGGGGAAGAGAGUGAAGUUUGUUAUGAAUACUGGGCUAAUGGAGGGUUCUGGACAACUGGCAUAUGGUGGGAGUUUUGAAGCUUGUUUUAGAGGGAGGGACUACCCUGUGAGAAAUGAUAAUCUCAGCCUGACUAUGACAGCUCUCUCAUUUAGAAAAGAGACCGUCCUUGGCGGAGGUUUUGAGUCAGAGUUCAGGCCAUUACGAGGUAUGAGGCUGUCUAUUAAUGGCAAUAUAAAUAGCCAGAAAAUGGGGCAAGUCCGUGUGAAGAUGAGUAGCUCGGAUCAUGUGGAGAUUGCAUUGGUUGCUGUCUUUUCAAUUUUCAAGGCCCUUUUGCGUCGAAAGGCCACUGGAAAUAGAGACCUUGAAGCAUUGGAGGGUGUUUGAGCGCCAGAAUUUUCUUGUUAGGACUUGCAAGAGAGUGGUUAUGAAAGUGGUCUAUAUCUUGAAUACAAGUUUCAUCCAAACACAUGCUAUAGUAUGCAGGAUUUUUUGAGGCCAUUCUGGAUAUAGUCUCGGUUUAUUGGACAUUUUAGUUCAGAUAUGUAGGAACAAAGACAAGGUAUUGGAUGUUUGUCCCAUUGCCAUCUCCGUUAUCCUGAGGGGCCGAUGGCAUUUCAGUAUCCAGGAGAGCUUCCAGCCAUGUCUGCUGAGGUUAGUGUCAAUCAAGGCAAGUAGUUGUAUAGGAAUUCAUGGGAAAUGAGUUUUUUUUCAUGGAAUAAUGCUAAAUAGUCUAUAGUUGUAAAAGAUUGACCGUAAUUCCCUUUUUUAUUUAAAAUUUUGAUCUAA